CCGGAUAUCCGGUCCGGCCCCGGGCGUUGCUGUGGAGAUGGUGCGCUUCAAACACCGGUACCUGCUGUGCGAGUUGGUGUCGGAGGAUCCCCGCUGCCGCGCCUGCCUGGAGGAGCGGGUCCUGUUCGGCCUCGUGCGGGACGCCAUCGCCCGGGCGCACGGAGCCUUCGGAGCGGCCGCCUGCGCCGUGGCCUUCACAGUGAAGUACCUCAAUGCCUACACUGGGGUGGUGCUGCUCCGGUGUCGGAAAGACUUCUACCAGCUCCUGUGGUCAGCCCUGCCCUUCAUCACUCAUUUAGAGAACAAGGGACAGCGCUUCCCCUGCUUCUUCAACACUCUGCACGUGGGAGGGACCAUCAGAACCUGUCAGAAGUUCCUAAUUCAGUACAACAGGCGCCAGCUUCUGAUCUUACUGCGGAACUGCCCUGAUGGAGAGGAACGGGAGUCUAUCAGAAAGUCAGUCAUGAGCUGUUCAUUAGAGGAACAGCAGGAAGAUGAGCUCUCAGGAAGUGGAAGUGAAAAGGAUGCCACAGAGAUGGAGUGAACGUCUGCUGGGAAAACACAACCACCCUGAUGCCCUCAGAGAAGCGCAGUGAAGCUUCCCUUCACCACCUCUACCCCAGCUAAGGUGGAUCCAAUCCAGUUACCUCAGGCAAGCCUCGUUCUGUGCCUCAGAAGGGAUUCGAGUAAAAUCCCUGGGAUCAAACACCAUAACCCUACGAAACGAACUUAUCUUAAACCAAAAUUUCUGCUGUUUAUCCUUUUUCUGAUCAAAUUAACCUAAGUCAAAGGUUUGUCUGUUUUGGUUUUUUCAUAAAACCAAAUGUUUUAUUAGCUCAAUAGUUAGUUUCCAUUUUCUCUCUCCUUUGAGUUUCAAAAUUCCUAGUUUGGUAUUUAAUUGGGGGAUUUUAAUUUGUUCCAUUUCUAAUUUUUUUAGUUGCAUGUAUUUUAUUCAUGUAGCUUUUUUAGAUUAAAAAAUUUCCCGAGAACUGCCUUGACUGCA